CGUUUGCUCUUCAUAAAUCAUGUCCGUUAUCUGUCAGGUGGGACUCUUCCGACAGUACAUGAACGCAUCACUAUACAUGAAGCGUGGUCUUAGCCGCGCCUCUUUAUAGUAGGGCGGGGAGAAGCCGUUGUUUGGUUUCUGUUGAUGUCAAAAAGUUACACAAGCCGAGGGGUGAGGUUUUACAAUAGGGCGCUUUCACGACUAUAAACACAUCCUCACACCAGCAUUCAUCAUCCACAUCUACCGGUUCUACCUGUGACCACGGAGCCUUUCUCAAGGGGACUGUUAGAGAAGAAACACCAGAUAACAUUCAGUCCGUGUCAGUGGGAAAUCAUUUGACAGACUCGAGCACGCCUUCUCCUCUGUGGAUCGUGGAAAAAAAACGCUUUUUCUGCUCCGUUUCAAAAUCCUGCGUGAGUGACGGCUGAGGACGACAGAUAGGACCCACCGGUAUGUUAACCUGAUUGUCUCCGGUCGUCGCAAACCAGUAGCCGGCCGUCCUCUUGUUUAUUCUGGGUCACAAUCGGGGACUCCACCGCGUUUAUACCGCUCAUCUCGGUGUCAUCAGUGGUCUGGUAAAAUCUUCAAGCUUCCCUAGCGAACAUUUCUGCCAUGGAGCUGAGUUCAGUGAUCCUGACCACAGGCAGCGCCGUCGGAUUUUUCCGACUAGUCAACACCGGAGUCAGUAAACUGCCCGUACCUGAGUGUGCCUGCAGGAAUGCGUGGAAAUGGAAAAACAUCUCCUCAUCGUUUGUGCACAGUUUCAUCACUGCGAUAUGGGCAGUGUCUUGCUUUUUCCUUCAUCCACAGAUGGCUGAAGAUCUGAUAGAAACUCACUCGGUGUUUUCUCAUGCUUUGGUGUCGUUUUCAAUCGGUUACUUCAUAUAUGACUUCUUUGACAUGGUGCGGAACCAGAAGUUGAGUCAGUCCUGGGAGCUGCUCUUUCAUCACAUUGUGGUAAUCACCUGUUUUGGCCUCUCGGUGCUGUCAUGCCGCUACGUUGGCUUUGCCGUGGUUGCCCUGUUGGUGGAGAUAAACUCAGUGUUCCUCCACCUCAGGCAGAUCCUGCGCAUGUCCAACAUGGCCACAGGCACGCUGUACCGCAUCAACAGCAUGAUCAACCUGGGAACAUACGUGGUAUUUCGCAUCAACACGCUGGCCUGGAUGACCCGCUGGCUGGUGCUCAACAGGGACAAGGUUCCCCUCCUGGCUUACACGCUGGGCAGCGUUGGUAUGGCUAUCAUGACCGCCAUGAAUAUUGUCCUCUUCUGUCGGCUGCUCAGGAGCGACUUUUUAAAGAGCAGCACUCGGGAGACGAAGAAAGAGAAAGAGAUGUAGAAAGGAGAGGGGGAAGAACAAGAACACAAGAAGGAUCGGAUUCAAACACACACUCGUUACUGUACAUUAACACCCUGUGGCUGAGAUUUGGUACCGUUUUGCCUGCAUGUAAUAUGUUCAUAGCUGGGAGACGGAGGGCUUUGUCUGUCUCUUAUACUGUAUAGGUACUUAAACUCUAAUCAAAAGGCUUCACACCCGUAAUGCUGAAAACUACGGUUCCCUUUCAGUUGUUGUUUUGACAGGUUUGGCUUGCUACAGGCAUCUUGACAUGUACAAUACAAGGCCUUGUAAAAAGACACCUAACGCCUUAUUGUCCCACCGGGUGAUGAAUCUAUGCUAUAAUGUAGCUUUUGAUGAAUGAAGAUGCACUGUUCAUAAAGCAAACAUCCCAUACUCACUUAUAAAGCCAGUGGAAACAGAAAGAAUAUAUAAAAUAUCUUUAGUUACAUUAUAAUAAUAGCCAUAUGUAUAUCUAUGUAUGUUAAAUACCCGUUAUGCUGUUUUGGGAUAUUUAAAAUCUCAGUGACUUUUUCUUUUCCACUGAGUUUUUACUCAGCAGUGGUGAAUGUCUUGUCCACCAACUCUCCUCAUCUAAAAACCACCUGCUACCUCAGAGGACUAGUAACAGUUCUUUGCCUCUUUCUAACACAAGCUUUGCUGUCAGUGCUUGGCAAUUUUAUAAAUUACAUGAACAUUUUUGUCUAUACAGAGUAAAGAAACCCUGCAAAUACAAAUCCUCCUUUAGGAAGAGAAUAGAUUUAUGAAUGGACAAUAAAACAAAACACAUUUUACUGAUUGCACAAAACAACAUGAUGUCUGAUAGCCACCCAGUUAAAACAAUUUUAUGUUUUUGCCGAAUUGUAUUAAACAUCUAGGAAGAAAGAAUGUAUAACUCAUGAAUGAAUCAGUGAUAUCAGGAUUUGCGUACGUUAGAAUUAUACAAUAUAACCCUCAUAUUCAGCGUGUGCCCUGCAAUUAUAGCAACAGCACUGCCAAUCAGCCAGGUCUUUGUCAGUAAAUCUUGCAGGAACAAAGCAACAUUGAGUAGAUUAUGACUCGAUCAGCUCAUGGAUCAAUUACAACAACAAAAAGGGAGAAAGGGUCUCACCCGACCUCCCAUCAGCAAUCACCGGUGGCAGCACUGUCCAUCAGCAGAUUGGCAGAUUCAGUUUACAACAGAAGUGAGCUCACCCUUGUGUAACAUCACAUACAUGUCAAAUGAUUCAAAACUGUGUCACCUUUCAGUAACUGCAUCACUUCUACGUUGAACUGAACGUUGUUCUUCAGAGGUGAUUCUUUUCAGCUGCUCUUUGCUGGGCUGUGCUGCUUCAACUCUCUUUUUGAAAUACUCCAAAGGUGCUCUGUUAGAUUCAAGUCAGGUGCCAGACUUGGCUAGGUUGUAGUUUUUACCUUUUCCUUCUUUAGAAACUCUUCAUUAUCAUGUUGGAAUAUUCCUCUUCUGUGAAGUUUAUGCAAACAGGGAGUUGUUUUGCCAGCCAGUAUUUUGGUUUGCUAACGGACAUUCGUGGUGACAUCUAUAAAUGUCUUCUUUCCAAAACCUUAAACACUCAUGCAGCCCUACAUCGUUGCACUGUGCUUCACUGUCAGGACUGUGUGCUCACUGUGGUAGCCUGCAAAACAUGCACCGUCUGAGCUGAACAAAUUCACAUGGUCUCAUCUACGCAAAGAAUGUGCUCCAGACAUUUAUCAGGCUUAUUUGCAUCUUUUUUUCACAAAGUUUCAUCUUGGAGUCUAGUGCCAAACACCAAGCAAGGGUUUUCUUCUUGAAUGCCGUCCGUAGAGGUUGACAUUUUGCACUGUCCCUCAAACAGUCUGAACCUCUCACAGAAAUUCAGAUUUCUAUAUAUAACCCUGUGCCCUGUGUGUUUCCACUGAUUUUGAGAUCAUUUUUGUCUUUGUGAAGCCUCACAGUCAGAUGUUCUGCUCCACUGGAAAUUCUUUUCCAUGUGAAGACAUAAAGAUAGACUUGUAGGGUCAAAACUGAGAAAGCUGUUUUAUUCUCAUGUUUAUUUUUGUACCUUUUAAGCUAAAUGGGAAUCACAUUUGUAUUUAAUUUUGGGACAGUGAUCACAGAUGUGUUCACGUUUGUUGCACUGAGUCUCUACUUUGGGGCCUGCAUUUUCAAUGUGGCUUCUUCCAAGUGAUUGUUUUUGACUCUUCAUCAAAGAAAUGCUAAGUAAUGCAGUAAUUAUAGUAAUAAUUAAGUAAUAAUUUAGAGGUGCCACAACUUUGAAUCAUUUGACAUUUAGGUGAUGCUGCACAGGGGUGUGCUCACGUCUGUUGUAUACUGUAUGUUAAAUUGGCUGUUGCUCUUAUGAGUACACUUGAACCAUAUGAAAUGACAGGAAAACAAAACAAGUGAAAUGAUGUAGAUAGUGCUGUGUAACAACCCUCCAUUAAUAUUUUCAGAAAUUGUAUAUACUCCUCUAGCGUACCGGUGUACAGUCUGCAGUAGGAGCUUUCAGACAGGCAGGAAUUGUCCUUCCUCUUGUAGCCUGUGGAGGACAGCAUAUUCCUUAGCAUCACCUCAGUGACCUCAACACCACCAAGACCACCAGAGAUGUUUCUAUUUUCUAACUUUUUUUCUACAUCUGUGCCAUCCUGCCUUCAAUCUGAAUGUGCCUACAUGCACAGAUGGAUGCAGAGACGUUCCUGAGGUGUGUUGGAACAAACAGGUCUGAGAUCUGUGAAUACAGCAAACUGUUAAACACAUGACCGCCUAGUCUGUCAUCUCAAAGUGUGGUAUCACAGUGCUUGUAUGUCAUGGAAAUAUUUGAUGCUGUUAUUGUUUUUUGUUUUGUUUUUUGCAUUGCUGUUUUUUUGUGUGUGUGUGUAUAAUCUGUGUUUGAUUGGUUAAUUGUUUAUCUUUGUAAUUUAUUUGUACUAAGAACAAGUUGUGGAUUAAAGAUAAUAUGGACACAAUGUUCAGCGAAGUUUCCUGUUGUAAAAAAGUUGUUUGUUAGUGGAGCUGAUGUGAUUGUGGAAGUGGUGUCGUUGGAGAGCAUUUUGACACUUUUUUUGUGGGGUUUUUGUUUAACCCGAUACAAUUUUCUGUAUGUGAUCAAGCCCUUAGUCAUCUCAACUUGAAACCAGGCUGUCCAACUAAACUACUAAAACAGCAGCAUGUUUGGUUUGUGAACUGAACAGAUCUGCUUUCAUUUUAAAGGAAAUAUCACACUCAAGUUGUAAACCUUAAAUCUGGUGUGAGCAUUUAAAGCUGGAGCUGAUGAAGCGACAGAAACAUCUCCCAAAGUGAACCAUUUCUCUAAAUGAAACCUCUGCACUUAUAAAAUGACACUGUUUGGAAGCAGACAAUGAAGUUUGGUUUGAUUACCUGCUUGUUUUUUUUUUAAUAUCUCCCAUUUAAAUUUCUAUUGUGAACGUUGUUUUGCUUUUUUUCCGCACAUUUUUAGAGCAGCUUUGUGGUUGUAGUGAAGACAAUUGAUGACAAUUGAAGUUUUCUCUAACAAGCAAGCUUACAGCUGUGAAUGUGUUGUAUGAGGCUAUAAUGUUAUUGGAGUUGUGCCUGUGUGAUGCAGUUUGUUCAUUUUGUUGCUGUGUGCUUUUAAUGAAUUGUGAUUAAAAAAAGAAAACAUAGGAGCCAAGUCCAGAUGUCACCUCAUAUUAGUGUCUUAGUGACACUGUGGGACAUUGGUCAAAAAACAAGUUAUUUUGCUGCUCUCUGCACUCCACUUCUUGCUCUUUUUGAUGCCUGUAUGACUUGGAUUUCCAAACAUCACUGUACCAAGGCCUCAAGAUGAUGCUCUGGUUUUGUAUUUGUGACUGGUGGACACAAGGAAACUUAUUGCAGGAUGUAAUUGCGUAGAACGAGGUCGUGGUUUUGAACUUAUUUUGCCUCACAGCCUCAUAUUCCUCAUCAUGCACAAUAAAUGUGUUGGUUGACUGUGUUAGUCCUCAUCUUUUACAGCUAUUAGAGAAUGAGGAAAUGCAUGUUUCUCCAUCACAACCAACAACAGAUAAUACUACAUAAAUACAUCCUUUCUUCUUCAUUCUUCUUUUCUGGUAACUGGUGAGAUAGCAGCAGUGGAGACUAUUGACACUGUGCAGCCAGUUGAGGACUUUAAAAACAACCUGUAAAACUCUAUUGAAGCAAUCAAGACCGACUACGUUCUGAGAGUAAAAUCAUCUGCUUUCUCUGGCGCAUCAAACAUUUAAAUAGAGCAGUGUAAAUGUAACAGUUUUAUUUUUUCAUGUUUAGGCAGAUUUUUUUGUAAUUAAAUUUCAAAUUUCUAUGUUUAUAUGAUAACAUUAUUUGUUUAACGUGAUAAUAAAGAUCAAAGAAAGAAA